UGCAAGUCCUCUCUUCUUCAAUCAUCCCCCUCCGACAGAAGGCGUUCAAUGUUCAAUUGUACUCAUUACGGCCCACUGCUUUCCCCGGCCAAAAUUGCAGUCUCUAGCUCUCAUCUCCAAGGACAUAGUUCUAAUACUUGUAAUGAUCUUGCUCAUUUAAGUUUCAAGGAGAAUAAGGAGUAUAAGCAGUCGCGCCUAUCUUGUAAACCUGGACACUCCCGAUCUACUGUCUCAUUUAAUUCUCUUUAUUAUUUCUGGAUUUCAGUCCCCUUUACCCAGAAGCCUUCGAGCCCAGCUUUCUAUCUUUUGGCUGGCUUAGAUCCACCUCGUAGCUCCCUCCUGGCUUCUCGACCGUCUCCUCUCACCGAUAGGGCGACUUCCUUCUCGCAUUUGCCUGUUUCUACCUCUUGUUCUACAUUUUCUUCAUCCAAUUUAUACCCUACUAGCACCAGCUCUGCAAUCACUUGUGCAUCUGUACCUCUUACCUCUAUCCCACAUACUUUCCCUUCAUCCUAUCAACAAAUCAGCUCUAGUCCGCAGUCCCGAUUGUAUCCUUCUCAAAAUCAGCUUGAUAUCGCCUCAUACUCCUCUCCGACACCAUCCACGAAGCCAGUGAUACUUGCCCCGCUUGUACCUAGCAUACAUUCAGCAUGUUCAGACACUGGCGGCCUCAGCUCUAGCGCCAGUGCUAGGUUGUUACGACGUCUUUCUACAACCUCGCCUUCAAAUCCUCCCCUUUCAUCAUCCUCACCCAACUCUUCCUAUCCUUCUAUCCCUAUCCAUCGCCCCAGUCACACUAUCUUCGGUUCCAGGGGUAUCGAAGAUGGCUCCUCUGAGACACAGACUAAAACACGAAAUAUCAUCAAUUCUGAUUGUUCUGAUUCGCUAGCUGAAGCCGUGGGUGAUGAAAUUUUGGCUACAAAUAAAGUUGAAAUGAGAUCCCAAGAAUCGGAUUCAUCUGACUUGGAUACUAAUCACAGGAAAACUAAUGCUUUAAUCAAUAUCGAGCAACCCAGCAAAGAGAUAAUAUUAUCGGGUGAGUUCCGUACUGUUUACCAAAACAUUUCUGACGGUUUCGCUGACGAGAAGAGGAAUUUUAGAGAUAAUUCAACAAAAUCGUUUAGGAAAAGUAUUUCACCUUCUUCUCAUGGUGAGUGCUUCUGUCUCUGCAAAGCGCUUAUAAACGUCCUCUUUCACAAUCUCAUUAUUAUUAGAACUGAGACUUCGUUGCAAGCAUUAUUUUAG